GAUAUUUAAUGUACUCAUUCGGUAGGGGAGUCCUCUCAGUGACCCCUAACGGUCCGCGAACCCCAUCUUGUGAACCAUGUGGCCUAGAGACAGUUGGUCAGUAACGUCUCUGGUCCUUUUUAGAUACUCGGCUUUCGGCUUCAUAUCGCGGUGAACUGGAAUGUCUGCAGCGCUCCCCUGUCAUCAGAGUGUCUGUCUACGGCAUGGAGCGUUGCAGCGCCAUCUCUGCCUACAGGUCUAAAGAAUCCUGGGGGGCUCUCUCUGCCGUUUCUUUCAGACACCAAAUGUAACGUCAAACCUCCCGGUUGAGCUAUGAAGACAGAGCAAAGCUGUGUGGAGACGCCGGCGACUCUCCGGGAGGUCCAAGACCUGCUCCAAAAACCGGCGCACGGAGACGAGGAUGCCCCGGAGAAGCAAAACGAAAGCAAUUACGUCGAUUUGGGAUUAAUGGACGUGAACACAGGCGGGACAAAACCGGAAAACGACUGCGGCAUUGGUGAAAGAAACCAAAUGUCUGUCCUUAUUAACAGCAGUGGCGCCGAAGCUCUGCGCGCAACGGAACCAAUCCAGGAGGUGGCGAUUAAUACCAAUAUUGAAAUUAAUAAUUCUGGAGUUGGGAAAUUUAUAAAAAAUGUCAAGGAGGGUCCCUCUGAUCCAUCACACCUCCCCAUUCUUAACUCAAAGUCAGAGGUUUGCUUUAAAUCCGGAGACGAAGGCGAGCGUGCCACAACGCAGCCCGAGGUGUCCAAAAGAGAAGACAGCAAAAACCCUCCACGGGGUGAGGGAUUACACUGUAGUGAUAAUUAUCUGAGCGGGAGAAGUGAGUCGGAUGAUUAUGAGGAGGAUGAUGAUGUUAGUUUGGUGCUUUCCGACGACUGCGUCCCGUGCGUAACGGAGGAUGAGUCCCAUUAUAUUACCACGCACGAGAUCCAACUCUCGGAGCUCUCUGACCACGAGGAGGACUACGACCUCGGGGUGGGCUCCUCCACCAGCUGGGACGUCGAGGGUGACAACCAGGUGUACUCUUUUGUUGAUUACGCCUCAUCUGACGGUGAUGGGGCUGCGGGGGAGAGGGGAGACGCCGGCCAGCCUCGCUCUCAGGGCGCAGCAGCAGUCAGCACUCAGCUUGAAAGUGAUCCGAAGGACGGGGCCAAGUUCACCAGCUCAGAUGAGAGUGUGUCAAAGCCCCAGCAGCAGCAGCAGCAGCAGCAGCGCAGUGGCAACAGUGGGGGACAGAUCCCAGUGUCAAUCAGAACCACUUCUCGAGCUAUAAAUGACCCUGGCAGCAUCCAAGAACAGGGGAAUAUCCUUUCUCAUGCCAGGCACUCCGGGGACGUGAGUCGCUAUGUGUUUACAGGGGUUGAUGGGAAGGCAGAGACGCUGUGUGACAGGGCGAAGUGUUUCAUAGCCGCGCCCGGACGCUUGCACUUUGGCCGCAAAUUGAGAGGGAAAGAGGUCACCGGGUAUUCCAGCGGUGCGUCCAGCGCUGUCAGCGAGCUGGACGACGCUGACAAGGAGGUGCGCAACCUGACAGCCAAAUCAUUCAAGAGUCUGGCGUAUCCUUACUUUGAUGCCAUCAAUUUCAGCACCUCCAGCGAGUCCUCUGCAUCAGAGCAUGGAAAAGGGAUAAACAGGUGGGCCACGUUUGUCGACCUAAAAUAUGGCAAUAUGAACAUGUCCCGUGGACUGGACCAAAGUGUGGUUUCCCAUCAAAACUCAGGAGCCUCGUUUGAAAUAGCCAAGAAUGUAGACAAUAGAGAUUAUAAGGGCAUCGCGCUGGCGAGCAUCAAACCUCCCUCCAGCAAGAUCUUCACUCUGAAUGGUGACCCUCACAGCCCGUCGUCAUCAAAGCAAAUCGAGCUGAUGGGGGAAUUUAGCCAGGGCCACAGCGGAGUGAUUAGGCUCACGGAGACUCUGAAUUUUCGUUGCAAUGUCAAAUCAGGAAUGUCUGGGGGAGAAAGGCUCACUAAGUUUGCACAAAACGCUGCAGGAUCACGUUCCGCAGAUGCGGUUACCAACAGUUUGCCAAGCGGCCAGUGGAGAGGGGCCAGCAAGUCGCCCUCUAAAACCAUGGAAGACACGCACAAGAAAGCCGUAUUCGCCUCGAGCCUGAUCAAAAAUGUGAUUUCUAAGAAGAUGCAGUUCGAGCAGGAGCGCAAGAUGGAACGAGGGGAGAUACGCGAGCCGCAUCCGACGCCCUCCCCGUGCUUUGUGCACCAGGAGAGCGACGGCCACAGGGAGAAGGGGAGCAGGGAGCUGCGCAGACAGAGCUCCAAGUUUUCCGAGAGCAGCUCCGAGUACGCCAUAAUGUGCCUGGAUGAAUUGGGGGACUUCGUGGACAGCGGCUCGUGUGAUACCAGGAGCGACUCUUGGAGACGAGACGCGGCCGCUCUUGCACCUCAAACUAACUUGGAACCGGCCAAUGAAGCUGGGAUCGCAGCUAAAAAAGGCGAGUUGGAAGCGUCCAAAAGCACGCUGCUUCGCAGCCAAAAUAGCGCCUUCAGAUGCUGGAAGGACGAGGAGCUAGAGCUUCAAAAGGAUCAUAAAAACGAUAAAACACCGGAGAAGUCGCCCUCAGCUGAUGACAGAGAGGGCGAGCAGUACUCAGCGGGAAGCGGCAAACUGACUAAAAUGUCACAUUUGUUUGUGCCAAGUAUCCAACUGCUAUCUGGUGACGGAGAAGCCGGACAACAGCUGCAGAGCAGGAAUUAUUCUCCAUAUGGAGACGGAGGAGAGAUCAAACUGCGCUCUGACAACACCACGUUAUACAUCGCAGACUCCGGGAGCGCAGCAACAUCUAAAUCUCCGGAAAUUAAAAUUAACUUAAAGAGCGUCAGAGACAAUAUAACUGAGAGUUUUGGCGUCUCCAAACUGCGCGCUCCUAAUAUAGGCCGUAACGCAGCCAGCCUCAUCAGAACGGAAGACUUGAAAUGCCAGGCGCUCGCUGCAGCUUUGAAGGGUGAGUCGUCAGAUAACGUGCCGCAUUUCAUGGUUAGAGACAUUAGAGAUAACAAAGGGAAGCUGCAGACGCCCAUUUACCAAGUGAGAGACGUGCGUAAAAUGGUUAAAAGUUCCUAUCAAUUUGUCUCUUUGGAUAACAACGAAAAUAAAUCCGACAGCCACUCAGAGCAAAUGAAGCAGAUGUCCUAUCGGAAUCCUAAUUCUGUGUCCCCUAUAGUGAUCAAAUGUCAGUCUGUGAAUACAAAUAGUAACGGGAAACAUUCUGGAAAUCUCACCGAGUUAUCUAAACAGGAACCUGACACAAACAGGUUGUCUCCAGAGGACGCUAAAAAUGCUCAGCUGCAAAGGGCAGCAGAGAGAGCACCAGGUAAUGAUUCCUCAGAUGGAGUCAUUCGGUUGAGAAUUGAAAGCAGAGCGGCUUCAAUGAAGCUGGAAAAAAUAUUGGAUGUCACAGAUAAGAAACCUGAGUCAAAGAUUGCGAACCUGGGGGCUUUGGAAAAACUCCAGGCUGCAGUGAAAACCAUGGAGCAAAUGUAUAAAUUUGAAAAAAAUGAAUGGAAAAGGAAGAAUGAGCCCCAUCUCCUGACAGACAGCCACGUGCUCUCACUGAUAGCCAGUGAGGAGCAUGAAGGACUUGAGGAGGACUGUGGGAGAGCGUCCAGCAUGGACAGGACAGACAGAAGAGACUCCUAUCCCAACAAUGACAAGACGCCACCAGCACUGGCGGCGUCGUCUGCCACUGAUAGCCUGCUUCGGCGAGAGGACAAAGACCCCUGCUUGGUCUUCCAGACUCCCGGCAGCCGUGAGGACAGGCUGGUUGCGAGGUCAAUGCAAGCCACGGGGAACAUGUUCAGCCUCAGCUCUAGCCUCAAGCCACAGCCAAACGCCAUCACUCAAACACCUUUCAGCACCAAAAGCUUCACCCCUAAGUCCCCAAAAUUGCCUGUGUCCUUAAAAGUCAGCCGGACGAAGCUAAGUGGAAAUGAAGGAGCCGAAUCAAAGGAGGUUGAGCGGUCCACACAGGAGCUCUUUCGCGCCUCAGCUGACAACGAGAACUACCUUACCAUUCCGGUAAAGUCUCACUCCAGUAGCAACAAACAAGCCUCAUCUGCUGAAAAAACACCAGUGUACACAUUUACCACCCAGAGACAACCAAUCACUCCUUCAAGACACCUGGGAUCUGGCGCCAGGGGCUUUGAAGACCACAACCAGUCCCCUAAACGCUCCAGCAUUGUGAUGGACACACGCUCACCUGAGAUCCCUCCUGCCAUCUACCACUCUUUGCCAAUGGGCAUGUCCACCAGUCAGCCGCAGGUGUACUGCUUCUCUCCGGUGAUCAACCCCGCUCCCACCCUGGACCCCUUCCAGGCCACCCAGAGGAAGAUGCUUCUGGAUCCCACCACUGGGAGCUACUACCUGGUGGACACUCCUGUGCAGCAGGCCACCAAGCGCCUCUUUGACCCUGAAACAGGCCAGUAUGUGGACAUGCCCAUGCCGCAACCUCCCAUGACCCCGGUGCCCAUACCAAUCUCACCUUUGGCCCUCAGUCCAGGAGCAUAUGGACACACCUACAUGAUCUACCCGGGCUUCAUGCCGACCCCGUCCGUGAUCCCAGCCCGGACGCUGGUGCAGUCGCAGAUGUUGGUGCAGUCAGAGGCGGAGGGCGGAGGGAAAGCCCUGUCACAGCAGGCUGAGGGCAUGUACAUGGAGAGUCCCUUCUAUAUGGCCACUGGAAUGUCUCCUCAGGCGGCCUACUGGCCUCAACAGCAGGCUGCCGCAAACAGGCCGCCGCAGGGCUUCUCCAGCAUCAAGCAGCCGGUCAUCAGCAUCACCUCCCAGCAGGGGCCGCGGAUCAUCGCUCCGCCCUCGUUUGACGGGACCACCAUGAGCUUCGUGGUGGAGCACAGAUGAAUGGCAGCUUACCUGGGCAGGUUCCCAACAGGGCUGAACUCUGAGUGGAUGCUGGGCUGCUCUGGCUCUGGGUCUCUUCGUUGUGCUCCUUUAGUUUUUGGCUGGAGGUGAUGGAUCAGGGCCCUUUGAUAAUAUGGCUUAUUUUCCUCCAGUUUCACCUUUUCUAACUUGUACAAGAUGUGUAUGAAUAUGUAUUUUUUGUUUUAUAAAACCACAUUGUAAAGAAAAUGAAAGACUAAAUGUGUAGCCUUGUAUUGCAUUGAGUUUGCUUGCACAGUUUUCAAUCACCCCCUAAAAUAAUCUGGGAAUUGUAGUUUUAUGUAAUUUUGUAAUUUAUCUUAUUUUACAACACAACUUUUAUGAUGACUAAAUUUAGCAUUAUAUCUAUAUCAGCUUACAUUUUCUUACAUCUCUUGUGUGUUGGAUUUUAUGCAGUGUCUAUUGCUUUAAAAUGCGCAAAAGUCAGCAUUUACCAUUAUGUUUUAUUAUGAACCUGGAAAUAUCAUGAUUAGUAAAUCAACCUUGCUGAAUUCAUUAACAUAAUCCGAUUAAUGCACGAUGUGUGUUGAACCUAUACAAUAAUAGACAUUCUGGGGAUUGCUCAUUAUGCAUUUGUCCUGCAUGUAUAGCAGAAUGUUCAAUUCAUGUCUGACCUGUCUCAUGUACUUUCUAGCGGUUCGACAUGUAUUUCUACGUGUAAAACUGUUUAGUACUUUAGUAUUUUGACACUGACUUACUGUUUUGUACUUCAAAUGGUUGAGAGUGUGGAUCUGCUGGCCAGUCCAUCCUUUCCUUUUGAAUCAAGUUUGCUACUUUACUGUCUUUUUGCGAGGACACUAAAAAACCCAGUCGAACCCAACAUCAAACGUUCUUUUAUAAUAACUGCAGUAACAAUGAUGAUAUUGUUAUAAAAGAAUACCACCUCAUUUGUGAAAAGAUCAUAGUGAUUUCUGUUAAAAGUCUCAUAAAGAAUUGAAAGAUAUUGUAUUGUAUUGAGAUGAAUGGAUUAUAAAGGUUGUGUUGAUGUUUUCAUUUGAAUUAAGAUGUUUGCUGCUUUCUGAGCUGGUGAAAUGUUUUAAUGUAGAAAAUGCUAAAUCAUGGUCACUGUUUUGGAUGUAAACAUUGCUUCAUCGCUGGCCUGACCGCAGCCUUUCAGCUUCUUAUAACUGUGAGGAACAUAUUGUACAUUCUGAUUGGAAAAAGUCUAAAUUAAAGGAGGCUCAGUUUCCCAACGUACAAAAACGUUCUGACUUGCUUUUACUGGAAGAUCAUUUCUUAUAGUUGCUGAAGUAUAUGGCAGAAAAACCAAAAGAUUGAUAAACAUAUUAAGUGCAUUGAUACAGCAAGCAAAUAGAUUCCUAAUUAUUAAUAGGAGUGGCUGAAUUAAUAAUGUGCCAAAACAAGAUUCCAGUUGUGCUCAGUCAAGAUGCAUUGACGGGAGUGAUACGACCUCUGACCUUCAGAAUAACAGUGCAUCAGAUUUGAGGUAAAGUUACUUGUUAUUUACAGUAUGCUCACUAAAUAAAAAGCAUAAAUUCAUAAUCAACGUUAGGAAAACAUAACACUGUAAUGUGUGUGACCAUGAGCCACUCAGAGAGUAUACAUUACACACUGAAUAAGUCCUGUUUGAGUCAUUAAGUCAUUUAUAUAAAGUAGAAUCCAGGCUUGUUUUUAACAAAUGAUAAUUCCCUACUUUUAUUCUGAAUAUCAGAUGCAUAUUCCUGAACUUGUAAUCAAACAUCUCCCCUAAACUACGUACUCGGUUUAGUUUAGCACUGUUUGUACUGUUUAUCAAUCGGUUCCCUUGGUUUACUUAAUCUGUGUGUUUUCAAUACUGAAGGCAUAUCUCACCACCAAGACAAAUAAAACCAAACUUAUCUUAACUCAAUGUAAUGUUUUAGUCUUCCAAAACGAUGUACAUUUUAGAAAAGAUCACAAAUGAUUUACUCUUUAAUUUACCUUCAGUAGUUUUUCAUCCAUUCACUGGCCUCUUCACGCCAACAGGUCACACUGGUGGUUAUCAUUUAUUCAGACAAAUCUUUCAUUGCCUUGUUUUGGGGUUGUUGCAGCACUUUGCAAGUCAUAUUGCAGCAGUUUUUUUUAAUGUGCAUUAAACGAAGAGCUUGCUUAUCCUUGCGAGAGGAACAGUACAGUGUGUUGUAUAGAGGAGUUUAGUUCUGCACAAGUGUAAAUACCUUUUUCACAGGUGUCGAGGAAGAGCAGAUGUUCUGAUGCAUAUCAUAUUCAAAGCCUUGCACAAGGACACUCAAAUAGGGUGGGGCUUUGAAACGAUGAACUUUCUGAACAGACAGUAUGUGUUGUGAAGGCAAAAGAAAGUGGAGAAAAAUUUAGGAAGUUUGUGACUUUUGGAAUGAGUGGACUUUUAA